AUUAUUAUAAAAUCUUCUACGUUACUCUUGGCAGAGAGAUGCUCGUCUUGACCUCCUUGUCAUCAUGACGUAUUGAUAAAUACAUCAAAUGAGUUCAUUUCAAGCUACAGUUAUCUGUUAUAAUCUCUCUCAAACAUAAAUGCAUAAGAGCCGAACAUUUUGACUCAAACAUCAUAGUCCGUUUUGUAAUCCACCAUGCUUGAUCGAACACUAUUCCAGCUGGUCUUGAUCGUCUCCCUCUGCCAUCUUUCAUGGGCAGACCAAACCUUCUGCCAUGUUUCUGGGCGUUGCCAACACGUCUUUUUCGUCAGAAUGGGCGUGGAGGAUUACAACGCGUGCUUGGCCGAAUGCAAACGAGAACCCACGUGUCGGACAAUGUCGUUCUUGGGAGGGUCUACCGAGCUCAAUUGCGAACUGUAUCAAGAAACCGACCUCGGCGAACUCGAAAAAUGUGACGGUUGCUUUAGUGGUCAAUUUCGAUGUCAUUUCGAUGACGGAGGUGACAGUCCGGAUGAUAUCCAACGUGGUUGCCGUGUGGACGGCGUUUGUGAGGGAACUAAGUUGUCGGAUGAAACCGGAGUGGACAACUUGGAUGAUUGUAACAAAGCUUGUGCCGACAAUGCUCAAUGCCAAUGGAGCUCAUUUGAUAUGGAAAAUUUAGAGUGUACUCUUUGGGAAAAAUGCUCUACCAUAAAUGCCAGCGAUCGCACGUUUUCCAGUCAUGUUCAAUGCGCACCAGAUCGCUUUGAUUCCAUGGUCUUGUACUUGAACGAGGGGGCUUCUAAUGAAAUUCUCCUUCCAUUAGAAAUGUGUGAUAGUUGUUCCGUUGUCGCCCCUGCUAUUUUGGAUCAAGACAGUUUUCUGACGUGGGCGAACGGUCAGUUGCUCACCUGUCGGGGAAACCAAUCAUGCCAUGUCUUCAACAUGUUUAACCAGACAUGGGAUAACUUGGAGGUUGAAGUCCCGCCAAAUGUGGGUAUUUGCCCUGGAAAAAUCAGUUCCAACGAAUUGUUCACUUUGGAGACGUUCUCCGACAAAACUUACAUACUGGAUUUGAACACCUUUGAGUUUGUGGAGCACAUUUCAAGGCCAGAUGAGGGGAUCGACAACCCUUGUUUGGUAAAAUUGAAUGAUACCCACUUCAUGGCCAUAGGAGGGGCGAGCAGGGUUGAUGGAACGUUCAGCACUGCCACAUUCAUCUUCAACGUCCAGGGUCAAGAAUGGACCGAGGGUGAGCCCUUGAGAGUCCCCCUAUCUGAUCAUGCCUGCCCGCUAUUCACGAAAAGCGACGGCUCCAGCUACGUUAUUGCAUUUGGAGGUGCUCAAAGACAUAGUUACAUUUAUGAUCCCGAGGGCAAGUUUUGGCGUAGUGGGCCGAACUUACCACGGGACGGAACUUUCAAAGCCCAUCGUUUGGGCGAGGUCAUUUUGGCCGAGGCAGUUGAGGACGAGAAUCAUAGCUUUUAUGAGCUAAGCCCGGACGAUGAGAGGUGGAUUGCCUUGACGAGUCAUCAUAAUUUUUAUGACGGAACUGAAUCAUUGGCCAUUCCAGAAUUUCUUUUCAACUGCCCUAUUUCAUGUCCGUCUCAUCGGGGGGAGCCCUAAACGGGGUUCUCUGCCUCUUUGAGAUGGGGACAAAUAAAGGUCGUAACGGAAAAAGAUGUGCAACGUUUGCCAAACUUUAUGAGGGCAUCAUUCUUUGAAACAGAAACUGUUGAGUAAUCAGACUCGCAGAAUAAUUUUCAAAUUCUGUUUCGUGUCAAAACUAAUAAAACUGAAUUGUGCAGAA